GUAAUCGCUGUUGCGAUGGGGAGGAAAGAACGUGCGAUUCCCGAAAGAGUGGCGAUCGCACCUCUGCUCCUUAACUCUCGCGCUUGCCUCAUUCGCGAGCUGCACUCAGCGCUCUUUGCCACAUUUGCCUGAAACACCCAUCUUCUGGUGGUGAUAUUUCUACCAACACGCAUUGCAUUGCUUGUCCCCGUCCUGCAGGGCCAUCCCUGCUCUCUCCAUUGGAGCUCCCCUGUGCUCGGAAAUACCCAGAUUAGUUUAAAAUCUAGUGCUCAGGGGUUGACGAUGUUGUGAAUCAGUUGAAAGCGAAGCGUCGUCAUCCUCGAAUUCGAGAGGGAAGUUGGUGCAAUCAUACAAACCGUGAAGCUGAGCGUCACAGGAGCUUCGGUACCAGCAAGUGCCGGUUAAAACCGCGCAUCGCUCAAUGGCAGGACGGAACAGUGUCUCCUGGCACUGCGUUGCAGUUCGCGGUCUCGUAUUUGCAAUUCUUGUGGUGGCCGGAGUGUCUGAUGAUUUAUCUGUGACUGGAGUGUCCGAAGCCGGAGCUGAUGAGUUAUGGGCGCAUGCAUCCCGCGCUCUUCCGUUCCAUCUGUUCGUGAAGAACAAUCUCAAUGUCAACAGCAAGUUCCUUGUGGUGGAUCAGGGCCCCGACGUCAAGUAUCACAAGGGGCCCAUUUUGACGGGUGACAGGAAAUGUGUUCUAAAAGUGCAUGUGGUCUACUAUGGUUCCUGGAGCUUGACGCAGAAGGCUAUCGUCCAUUCUUUCUUGAAUUCUUUUAGCACCCCGAAGCCUGCGACGCGGUUUCCCACAGUCAAAGGAUGGUGGGCAAUCACUAAGGGAUUCAGGAAUACCAAGAGAUCGCCAGUUGCACCGAACGUGGUGCUCGGUAGCCAAGUCCAUGACUGGAAAUACAGUUUGGGGAAGAACUUGAAACAGGCAGAUAUCGAGAAGCUUGUGGUCUCAUCCUUGAAGAAGGGAUUGGUGCUCGACCCCGCUGGUUUGUAUGUUGUUCUAACCGGACCAGAUGUCGCCGUGCAGGGAUUCUGCAGCUCGCUAUGCGCCACCCACUCAGUGAUCCCCGCGCAGAGUCUCACUAAGAGGAACAAGCUUCCUUACGUGUGGGUUGGAAAUUCAGCCAAAUUCUGUGGCGGGUACUGCGCUUGGCCGUUUUUCAAACCAGCGCCUGGAACUGGACCGGACACGCCCCCGUUGAAGGCCCCCAAUGGUGAUGCUGGAGUGGACGGUAUGAUCAUCAACAUUGCGGGUAUGAUUGCUGGCGCGGCGACCAACCCCUAUGGAAACGGGUAUUUCCAGGGCGAUCCCAGGGACCCUCUUGAGGUUGCAGGGGUGUGCGCAGGAACUUACGGGCCCAACGCAUUCCCUGGAUAUCCUGGGGACCUGCUUGUUGACUCGAAAGGCGCCAGCUUCAAUGUGCACGGUGCUAGAGGUCGCAAAUACCUCGUCCCAUGGAUGUACCACCCGGGUACAAAGCAGUGCGCUGGACAGGCGUAACGCGCUCAGCGCAAUGACGUGCGUGGCUUGCCAGACUGAUGCAUUCUUUCCUCUGGUUGGCGAUUGAAGGCGAUGUUCGCGCCGUGGAUCAGUCCUGCUGGGUGGCCUGUGUAGAUUUACUUGCAAUCAUUUAUGCUUUCUAAAUUACUCCCCUGCGUUCCGCCGCUUUGAGGUAGAACCAUUAUUAUUUGAACCUCGCUCUCAGCUGGAGCGAGCUGGCUCCAUUGCUAGCUCCCUAGUCGAACAUGUUACCGCCGUUCGCGUCAGUUGUUGCCCCUCUGAUGUGAAAACGGUGAUUCAUCAAUGCGUAGUUUGCUGUCUACAAGUUCACGCUUAGCAAACUCUUCGCAUGGGAAACAAUGAUUCCCUGUCCUUAUAACCGUGUGCAGUAUGAUGAAUUGUUUAUUUUCCCAAUGAAUUGAGCUGGUUAGUUUUAUGAAGUUA